CUUGUUUGCUCGAUUUCAAGCUUCCUUUCAAUCAGUCCCGCGUUCCGUUUGUCUUUUCCUUGCAUCCACGCUUCUCUUGACUUCCUUCCAUCCCUCCUCUCUUCUGUCCUUCUCCCCUUUCCUUUCUCUCUCUUCCUUCCUUUCACACAUUCGGUAUUUUCUUGUUUUCUUCCGUUCGUGCCAUCACCUCCCUUUCUUUCCAAAAUAAGUCACUUCAAAAAAAGUCUGUACUUUUGUCUCUCAUUGUUUUUGUCAGUGUGAGUGUUUGAAAAACGUGCAAUACGCGGGGAAGAGGCGCACGUGUUCGAAUAGCCCCCCCCUCGCUUUUGGGGGGGGGGGUUAUUUCUUCUUUUCAAUGUCAGCGUUUGGCCUCCUUCCGGUCAGCGAACGCCCACGCGAAUGACCCGGAUGUCUUUGAACUCGUUCUCACACGAAAUGAGUCGAGUUUUACAGACGAGUGGAAAAUGUCGCACGUGCUGACCGUGACUUUGGGCCACUCGUGACUCGGCUCGGACCAGUUUGAGCGACAAGCCCGCAGGCGUGCUUUUAAGGUCCGGCUCGGUCGCGGUGCGCGUGGACGGUGUCAUGCUGCCGCCACGUGUUGACGCUCGAGGAAGGAAGAGCCAAGUCGGAACGAGGCGGGGGGGGUGGACUUCAUCUCACUCACUUGCCCCCGCUCCCGGAUCGAAACAGACGCCGAUAUUUUCGCGACUCGGACCCGCCACAAGCCAACUUUGAGUCCAGAGACGACGACCUCAAUUGACGUGGAACUUCGGCUCGAGUCGACUUCAGCCACCCCCCCCCCGCGUCUUUAAAAAGUUGUUCCCGGUGAGUUCUUUUCGAGAAUUCCACCAGUCACCCCCACUCCGCAAUUAAAAAAAACAAAACAUUUAAACCGGCCCAUGUGCCGUUUUAAACUGCUCGCACACGCGCCGACGAGCUCGCCAUGAAGGACGAGUCAGACGAGAAGAAGCCCGGCGAGGAGCCAGCCAAGCUGGAGUCCGGGGAAGGGCCGGAGGGUCUCCAGCGGCUCGCCGGUCCGAGUGAACCCGCCUCGGUCGACGGAGUUUGGGAGACGCGAUUGUACAAGCGUCGCUGGGUCAUGGUGCUCCUUUUCAGCUCCUACUCGCUGUGCAACUCGUACCAGUGGAUCCAGUACGGCAUCAUCAACAACAUCUUCAUGAAGUUCUACCAAGUGGACGCCUUCACCAUCGACUGGAUGUCCAUGAUCUACAUGCUCACCUACAUCCCCUUCAUCUUCCCGGUGACGUGGCUGCUGGACAAGAAGGGGCUGCGGGUGGUCGCCCUGGCCGCCACCGCGCUCAACUGCGCCGGGACGUGGUUCAAGGUGGGCAGCGUCCAGCGGCACCUGUUCGCCGUCACCUUCCUGGGUCAGUUCUGCUGCUCCCUGGCCCAGGUCUUCAUCCUGGGCAUGCCGUCCAGGAUCGCCUCUGUCUGGUUCGGAUCCAACGAGGUGUCCACCGCCUGCUCCAUCGGCGUCUUUGGAAACCAGCUCGGUAUCGCCAUCGGGUUCCUGGUGCCCCCCAUCCUGGUGCCCAAUGUGGACGACAUGGACGAGCUGGCCCACCACAUCAGCAUCAUGUUCUACAUCACCGCCGGCGUGGCCACCUUCCUCUUCAUCCUCGUCGUCUUGGUCUUCCAGGAGCGUCCCAAGCUUCCCCCGACUCAGGCUCAGGCCACGGCUCGACGCAUCCCGCCCGAGCAGUAUUCCUACACGGCCUCCGUUCUCCGGCUUCUCCGCAACAGGCCCUUCAUCCUGCUCAUCGUCACGUACGGCUUGAACGUGGGCUCUUUCUAUGCCGUUGGCACCUUGCUGAACCGCAUGAUCAUCGAACACUACCCGGGCGAAGAGGUGAACGCGGGCCGCAUCGGCCUCACCAUCGUCAUCGCCGGCAUGGUGGGCUCCCUCAUCUGCGGCGUGUGGUUGGACCGCACCAAGACGUACAAGCAGACUACCCUGGCCGUGUACUUCAUGUCGCUGGUGGGGAUGGUCGUGUACGCCGCCACGCUCGGCCUCGGCCACCUUUGGGUCGUCUUCAUCACCGCCGGAGUUCUCGGGUUCUUCAUGACAGGCUACCUGCCGCUGGGCUUUGAGUAUGCCGUUGAGCUGACCUAUCCCGAGUCGGAGGGAACGUCCUCCGGACUCCUCAACUGCUCUGCGCAGGUCUUUGGCAUCAUUUUCACCAUCUGCCAAGGCAAACUCAUCGACAACUUUGGCACGCUGCCGGGAAACAUCUUCCUGUGCGUCUUCCUCCUGGUGGGCACCGUCAUGACAGGCUUCAUCAAGUCGGAUCUGCGGCGGCAGAAAGCCAACGUGUCGGCCAAAGCGGAAGCGGAGGCGAUGACGUCGGGACCAGAAUACGGCGCCGCGACCUUAAUCUCCGGAUCUCAGACUCCGCCUCCACUCUAAAGCCUUCUGUAAACAAACAAACAAACAAAACAAAACAAACAAACACGCCCCCCCCCCUCCAGAAAAAAAAAAUUCUCUGGAAAUCAUAGCGCCGCCUGCAGACGCACCGAGGGACCAUCUGAGUGCCCGAAAGGGGGCUUGUCCGCGCGCGCCGUCUUCCAAGAAGCCAAGUUUUAAACGACAAGUAGCACACUUUACAUCAGACAGCAGCAAAAUUAUUCUCCUUUUUUUUUUUGUUUGUCACAGCAAUCGGAUGUUCAAUUCAGAUUUCCUCUAACAUGACUUAACGAAUUCAUGUCACCGUGUUUUUAUACCUACAUGUAUUAAAUUGCUCUGACGAUUUUA